AUGGCAGUGGAGGACAGCGUGGUGCAGGUUGUGGUGCGCGUCCGACCGCCCACCCCUCGGGAGCUGGAGAGUCAGCGGCGGCGUGUGGUUCAGGUGGUAGAUGACCGGGUGCUGGUGUUCGACCCUGAAGAGCCUGAUGGGGGCUUCCCUGGCGUGAAGUGGGGCAGCUCCCACGAUGGCCCCAGGAAGAAGGGCAAAGACCUGAAGUUUGUCUUUGACCGGGUCUUUGGUGAGGAGGCCACCCAACAGGACGUGUUCCAGGGGACCACCCACAGCCUCCUGGACAGCUUCCUCCAGGGUUACAACUGCUCCGUGUUCGCCUACGGCGCCACUGGGGCCGGGAAGACACACACCAUGCUGGGCCACGAGGGCGACCCCGGCAUCAUGUACCUGACCACCAUGGAGCUGUACAGGCGCCUGGAGGCACGCCAGGAGGAGAAGCGUUUCGAGGUGCUCAUCAGCUACCAGGAGGUGUACAACGAGCAGAUCCACGACCUCCUGGAGCCCAAGGGGCCCCUUGCCAUCCGCGAGGAUCCCGACAAGGGGGUGGUGGUGCCGGGCCUCUCCUUCCACCAGCCAACCUCCGCCGAACAGCUGCUAGAGAUGCUGACGAGGGGGAACCGGAACCGCACACAACACCCCACUGACGCCAACGCGACGUCCUCCCGCUCCCACGCCAUCUUCCAGAUCUUCGUGAAGCAGCAGGACCGGGUUACAGGGCUGACCCAGGCCCUGCAGGUGGCCAAGAUGAGUCUGAUCGACCUGGCCGGCUCCGAGCGAGCGUCCAGCACCCACGCAAAGGGGGAGCGGCUGCGGGAAGGCGCCAACAUCAACCGCUCUCUGCUGGCACUCAUCAACGUCCUCAAUGCCCUGGCCGACGCAAAGGGCCGAAAGUCUCAUGUGCCCUACCGGGACAGCAAGCUGACCCGCCUGCUCAAAGACUCCAUCGGGGGCAACUGCCGCACGGUGAUGAUCGCUGCCGCCAGCCCCUCCAGUCUGACCUACGAGGACACGUACAACACCCUCAAGUACGCCGACCGGGCCAAGGAGAUCAGGCUCUCGCUCAAGAGCAAUGUGGUGAGCCUGGACUGCCACAUCAGCCAGUAUGCCACCAUCUGCCAGCAGCUGCAGGCCGAGGUGGCUACUCUGAGGGAGAAGCUCCAAAUGUAUGAGGCAGGAGCUCGGGCCCCCCAACAGGAGCUCCCGACAUCCCCCAAACUGGCCCUGCCCCAAGCACACCUUCCCGGCUGCCCCGCCCCACCCCACCUUCCCAGCCAGCCCUCCAUCCCAGAGCUCCAGCCAGGGUCCGGAGCCCUUCAGGAGGAGAGCAUGGAAGCCCUGCCCAGGGUCCGGAGGACCGAGGAAGGGAUGCCCCGAGACCAGAAGCAGCCCCCAGAGGCCCAGGAUGAAGACCCAGCCAAGAAGGUUCCAAGCUGGGUGCCAGAGCACAGCCUCCGAAGCCCACUCCCCGACUCCCCUGGCCUGCAUCGACAACCCCCGCCAGGCCUGGGCGGGGACCAUUUCAAGCAGCUAGCCCUGAAGGUGCUGUGCCUGGCCCAGCGGCAGUACACCCUGCUCCAGGCCGCCAACCUCCUGACCCCGGACAUGGUGGCAGAAUUUGAAGCCCUGCGGCAGCUGGUGCAAGAGGAGACAACUGAGGCCGGGGUGGAGGCUUCUGGGACUCCUGGCCUGGCCACAGGGGCGCCUUUGGCACCGGAGCUGUGUUCAGAAUCAAAGUCUGCAGGAUACUGCGGCCCUGUGACCCGGACCAUGGCAAAGCAACUGAGUGGCCUGGUGCCCCUUCUGGGGGUCCCCCCAGGGCUUGACUGCACCCCAGUCCAGUCAUGCCAGCUGCCCUCGAGGAAGAGGAGGAGGAGGAAACAGAGCCCUUCGGAGCCAGACAGCCUCCCAGUCCUAAAGCUGGGGGCCAAACGCCAGCGCCAGUCUUUCCUGCCCUGCCUGGAGAGGGGCUCUCUGCCUGAGGCCCCGCCUGCACUUGGGCCCUGCACCCCGCCGCGGGGAAGGACCCCCUCUCCCAGCCGGUCCCCCCGCUUCUGCCCAGCCACAGUCAUUAAAAGCCGGGUGCCCUUGGGCCCUUCCGCCUUGCAGAACUGCUCCACCCCGCUGGCCCUGCCCGUGAGGGACCUCAACACCACCUUUGAUCUCUCAGAGGAUCCCCCCUCCCAGCGAGGUGUCUCUGAAUGUCACGGCUGGGACAAUGUCCCCCAGGAGCUGAAGAGGCUGGGGCAGCCCUUUGUCCCCAGUGGGCCCGUCUUCCUGUUCACCACCAAGGGUCCCAAGCCGACCUCUUCCCUCCCCGGAGCAUCCGCCUGCAGGAAGAGCUGCACAGGGAGCUCCUCAGUCUCCCGCUCCCUGGGAGUGACCCGCGCCCGUCGUAGUCGCAUUGCCCGCCUCCCCAGCAGCACCCUAAAGAGGCCAGCGGGGACCCCAGCAAUCCCAGAGCACCCCUUGAGUCCCCGCAGCUCUGGUGACCAAAGGGCUAGGGAACCUGCAUCGCCAAAGUGUCUACACCCACCAGCUCCUCCGCCAGCUGCCCCACUGGGUUCCUGGAACUGCCUGCACCCAGUCCAGAUCCCAGUUUCAGUCCUGGCCUGCAGCGAUUGAUGCAGCAACCAGCUCCUUCGUCGCCAUCCUCCCACCACUCAGCCUGCUACUGCCCUCUAGUACUCUGUACUCAGCCACGGUGUGUGUGUGUGUGUGUGUGUGUGUGUGUGUGUGUGUGUGUGCUCAAUGGCAAGUGUCGAUGUGUUGCUAUGUUAGAGAGCACUGCCAUCUUUCCCCACCCUCUCUGUGCUGUUUGUGUGUCUCCUGCCUCAGGAGCCCUGGGGGCAUACACAGUGGGGCACCCCUUGAGCUGCUAACCACAAGGUUAGCUGUUGGAAUCCACUGGCUGCACUUCGGGGGAGCGACGAGACUGUCUACUCCCAUGAAGCGCCUCACACCCCUGAGGCAGCUCUACCCUGUCCUUGGGGCGC